UGUCGAAUCAAAAGCGUUGAAUUAAAAUAACGCGUUUAUAGAGCGGUUUUUCUAGGACCUGAUGGUCAUUUUGGGGGGUCCCCGCACCCUUUUGCGAGUGUUGCCUUUGCCGCGUCGCCAUUCAUCUUUGACGGAAUCAACACCCAUCAUCAUGAGCAAGUCGUUCCAGGAAGCAUCGCAUGACUACUUGCUAGCCCGCCAGCGCAUGAAUGAAAAGGUCAACGUGUGCAAGGAUAUUGAGGUCAAGAUGACCGAGAUCUUGCACCAAAUCCAAGAUGCGUACACUGCCCGCGGCGAUCAAGCCAAGACCGUCGGGUCGUUGUCGUUGACGCUCGUCGCCGCCGAAGGUGAGGUUCCGACCGGCACGGUCAUCAAGGUGUACGUUGAACCGGAAUCGAUCCCCGACUUUGAGGAAAUCGACGAAUCCAGCGAAGACAAGAAGAACCAAGUGGCAUGGGCAGACAAGGACGCGUUCCCAGCGACGUUUGCCUUUGAGGCGAUCCAACAGCGCGAGGCGGUGGCGUACGUGACGGUAGGCGAAGACAGCGACGACGCAACACCUCUCAAGGAAUUCACUAUCCCCAUUGCAUCGCUUUUCCGCGGGGAUGUGGAUGCAUGGUUCAACGUGGCCACUGGCGAAGCUGACCAAGUGCCUAAGGUCGUGGAAGAAGCCGUAGUUGUCGCCGAGUCUGUCGAGACUCCCAGCAGCACUACCCCCUCCACCACCGAAACCAUCUUUGGUAUUCCUCCGGCCACUGAUGCUUCCACCACGGACGAUGCUGCUGACAAAGAGGAGGAGGCUGCGGCGGCAGAUACGUUUCACGACGCUGUCCAACCCCCACAAGUCGAAGACAAGCAAGACGAAUCUGCUCCAGAUGCCGCCACCGCCGCCGCCGUGGAGACCGAAGUAGAAACCAAGACCGACGACGAAUCAUCCAACGUGGUGCAAGAAGUUGCCCAAGCAGCCACAGAGUCGGAACAAGUUGCUCGAGAAGCCAAAGUGUCGGACGAAGUUGUUCAAGAGGCCGAAGUUGAAGCCAAAUCGGAGGUUCAAGCGUCCGCCGAGGUUGCGGUCGAGACUACAGUCGAAACUGAGGCCACGGUUGAAGGUGUUGAAGACGUCAAGGAGGAGGCGGACGUCAAAGCCGCCGAAGCGGCCGACGAUGCCGAGGACAAGGCAGAAGUUGACGCGGCGGAAGAUGGGACUACGGUCCCCGUGGUCGAAGGCCGCGUGCGCAUCCAGGCGUCGUUCGAGUUGUCCGAGAUCGAAUACCUAGCUCAGCAAGCCGUGGCCUUGUCUAAAGCCAAGGCGGACAUGGACGUGGAGAUCCGUCUGUGCGACCAAGAGCUGACCUCAGCGCGCAUCCGCUACGAACGGUUGAAGGCCAGCCAGAAGCCCACGACCGCCUCGUCUGCCGCGGGAGGCCUCCUCGGCGGCCUCAAGACCAAGUCCGUCCGUGCCCCUGCCAAACCCCAGACUUUGUACGAACGCACGACGUCGGCGCUGUCGUCGACAUUCACCCCCCAACGCCGCGCUUUGGCGUGGAGCGUCACGUUUUUCGUGGUCGUGUCGGCAGUGUUCCACACCAACGGCGACGAUCUGUUGAUUUAAACCACGCCAAUAGAACUAACUUGCCUUCACCACUGGAUCAUUUCAUUCGAAU